CGGUAUGCUGCAGUAAUACCAAGAAUGGCUAUACGGAGGCAUAUUGCUGUAGUGCAUACAUAUCCUAAGAAUAUCGACAAAACGUGACAAAAAAUAUCUAAACGUGAUUCAAGAGAAUUUGGUUUGGGUGACGUCACUUGAGAAAAUACCAGGGAAUUCCCCUAGCGACGUGAUUAGUAACCAAGAUGGCGGAUUGACUUCGAAAUUUGAGAUCAGAAGUGCUGAAUGAAUAUUAUAUGAAACUGCAGUGAAAGCAAUUAAACCAACAACAAUGAUCAAGUUUAGCGUGCCAAGUAAAAGUAGGGUGUCUUCAAGACACAGAACAGUUACCAUCCAACAACCUGUGGUGAAGAAGAGGAAGCCACCUCCUACUAACCCACCAUGGUAUACAUGGCCAGAUUCAGAGAUGGGACUAGAACGAUUGUAUGAUGUAGACAAUAUGGACCAUAUUCCUGAAGAUAAACGCCUUGAUCAGUUUCAGCAGCGAGAUCUUCAUAAAACUCAUUUUUAUAAAACUGCUGCUAAAAUUUUUGGUCCUCCUAAGUCUCGAAAACGUGUCAUCAUUGCUCCUCCUAUGGAGAAACCUGUUAGGUUUGCCAGAUUGCAGGUAGAUGAUGAUGAAUCAUUUAAACCACUCAUUGACAAUGAUCCUGACUUGGAUGUACGUCAACCUAGAUUUCCAACUUCCAUGACAUCUGCUAAUACCUCAAGCACAGACAAUACUAAAGUUAGUCAAGAUGAGAUUAAUGACUACAAGGACUGGAUUACCAAAAGAAAGAAGUUCAGGAAAGAUAUUGAUCAAAUGGGACUUCGUGAAGAAUGGCUAGUCAACAAACCCAAUAAAACUGCAUUAGAAAAAAGAGUACUUAGAAGAAUGAUUGCCGAAAGAUUGCCAAAACCAGAGACUCCAAAGGAGGAAGAAGAUACAGGAAAAGAACCUGAGAUUACUGAGGAACUUCCAAUUGUUCAUAUGCCAUCACCAUUAGCUCUUCAAAUAAUUGAAGAGUUCUUGCAUCAGAAAAAGAUGAGACUAUAUGAUUUGUUCCGACGUAUGGACAAGGAUGGUGGGGGAAAACUCACUCGAGAAGAAUUUAGGAAUGGGAUCAGGAAUGUUGGAAUACCAAUAUCUGAUCUGCUUCUGGAGGAUCUCAUCAUUGCUCUGGAUUAUAAUUUUGAUGAUGAAAUUGAAUUUAAAGAGUUGAAUAUGGGAAUGGAGCAAUGGAAGAAAGAAAAGAAGGAAACAAAGAAGAAAAAUAUGGUUGCUAAUGCCAGUGGUGGACAUAAUGGUUCAAAGCCUCCUACCAUAGUCAACAUAUCAAAGAGUGUUGAUAAGGUGCGUCCAAAAUCUGGGCUCAGCACCAUCAGUGAUAAGUCUGGUUUGGAUCGAUCCCUACUGUCCACUCCCCCUCCUGAUACAAGAGCUGAACAAAUGGUCUUAUCAUCAGAAGAGGCAAUGUUAGAUCUAAGAAAGAGAGACAAGGCUGCCUUAGCUAGGUUGAUGGGCAAGAAAGUGCCAAAAGCUCAGCGAAUUGUGAAGAAAAAGGAGGUUUCAAAGGUUAUCAAAACUGGUAUCAAGGGGAUUGAUGACCAUUCCAUGCCAAGUACAUUAGAGGGGGACACCGCAUCACUCAUUGAUGAAUUCAGACAGCUGAAACUUAAGGAAUAUCACGCUAUCACAAAACUCUGCCAGGACAGCCAUAUUGAGCUGAGUGAACAACUAUUACAAAAAGUUCUACUAUACCCCCCUGAGUUGACCCAUAAAGAACUGAAGAAGAGGAUCAAGCAGCCAGGGGAUGAGCUGUUAUCAUCAAAGUUUGCAGACCCGCCUAAAAAGCCAAAAACGCCAAUAGAAAUCCGUCAUAAAGACAAAGUCAAGCGAUCCAAAACGGGUAAACUAUUAAUGGACACGAGAUACGCAUAUCCUCAGCAACACUCUAUAGCAAACCAUGGUACAAAGGUGACAUUGCCCCAUGGGAAGGUUGUCAUAAGACGUAAGACAGAUUGCUGGAUGACCUUUGAGGAAUAUGAUAGACUCACAAAGCAUCUUGCCAUUCGCUACCAGCAGCUUCAUGGGAGAGUCCAAGAAAAUGUCUUCUGGCCAGGCCAUCUAUUGGACAAAUUGAGACUGCACAUGCC